AUGCAAAUCCUUAGAAAUUUUGCAAUUCAAAUUUUCACUCAAAUUUCUCAUGAAACAAAAGCAGUGAAUGACUCAACAAGUGAGCUUUUAAUGUGGGCGAACCAAACAACGAUGUUUGCUUAUUCGGAAAAGGAAGCGUUAACGUCAUUGCAAGUUCUUGCUUCACUCUAUUUAUGUGUGGGUUUAGAACGAAAAUCUAUCUUUGUUCUUAGAAUUCUUGUUCACGAUGUUGCCAGCAACAGGUGA